AUGAUAUAUGUUGCUCAGGUCGUGAGAAGCGGAAGACUACAGUGGGUAUGCUUUCGAAAAUUUCGUGUCAGCGUCCAACAGUUCAAUAGGGGUUGCUCAGAUGUGGUUCAUCUCCCGGCAGCGCAUUCUGCGGUAACACCACUGCAAGAAUACGAACGCCUGGUAAAGCUGAAGAAAUUAAGAGACGAUCCAUAUCAGAGAAGCAUUAUAAAAUCUCUAGGCUCCCUCUAUGACUCAUUAGUGGAGUACAAACCGGCAGAAAUCGUAUCCCCAGAUGCUUUGGAUCAGGUUGGUUGGAAGUCGGGGUUUCUAGGCAAACUUCUGGGGGUUAAUAAAUUCAGCUACAGCGAUGAAAUAUCGGAGAAGAUUCCCAAGGGCAUAUAUCUAUAUGGUGAUGUGGGAUGCGGCAAAACAAUGCUAAUGGAUCUUUUCUAUUCCACAGUACCUUCGCACCUCACCAAAAAGAGAAUUCACUUCCACCAAUUCAUGCAAUACGUCCAUAGGAGGUCUCAUGAAAUUAUGAUAGAACAGAACUUAGACGUGUUGGGUAAAGCCAAGGGGAGAGAGAUCGACUCAAUUCCUUUCUUGGCUGCUGAGAUCGCCAAUACUGCUCGGCUACUGUGCUUUGACGAGUUCCAGGUUACUGACGUCGCAGAUGCGAUGAUCUUGAGAAGACUGAUCUCAACUUUAUUAUCCAAAAAUCAUGGUGUCGUUCUCUUUGCAACAUCAAAUAGACCACCGGACGAGCUGUAUAUUAAUGGUGUUCAAAGAAAGUCUUUCAUUCCUUGUAUUGAACUAAUAAAACGAAGAACCGAAGUCAUAUUUUUAAACUCUCCAACCGAUUAUCGUAAGAUUCCGAGGCCAUCACUUUCAGUUUAUUAUUAUCCUGAGAAUGAAUUGAAAUAUGAUAGUGAAAAAUGUAAAAAAGCAAGAGAGUCCCAUAUUAGACAAUGGUAUGAUUAUUUUGCUCAAGAUGAAAACACUAUAGAAGUUGAUCAUGAUAUUAUAAAUGACUUUACAUUGACUAUUUGGGGUCGUGAGUUUAACGUUCCAAAAUGCACUGCACCUCGGGUGGCCCAAUUCACAUUCAAGCAGUUAUGUGAAAGACCUUUGGCAGCUGGCGACUACUUAGCAUUGGCACAAAAUUUCAAGGCGUUCAUCGUUACUGAUAUUCCCUAUCUCUCAGUAUAUGUGCGUGACGAAAUCAGAAGGUUUAUCACAUUUUUAGAUGCAGUCUACGAUAAUGGAGGUAAAUUGGCUACUACAGGCGCCGCAGAUUUUACAUCUCUGUUUGUUGAGCCUGAAGAGAUAAAAAGUAAUUACGAGUUAAUAGUCAGACCAAAAAACGAGAGUAUUGAGGAACAUGAUGAAAGUGACGAUGAUCUGGUUAAAAAUCAUGGAUUUUCAAAAGAGAUUGCCAAAAAAGCACAAAUAUUUGCACUUGAUGAAGAAAGGUUUGCUUUUGCAAGGGCGCUCAGCAGGCUAACCCAAAUGAGCUCUACAGAUUGGGUGGAGAGGAGGUGA